ACAAAAACCAUAUUUUGCGUCAACAGGAUUUGUACAUAAAUCAUUCACGCUGGAUUUAGGAUACUACGAGGCUGUUAAAGCAUCACAAUAUGAGCCCGGUGGCUACUCAACGCAGCAGUCAUCAUCGUCCUCCACCCGCGGCAACCAUACGGCAAUGACGCAACGCGAUGGCAUUAUCAAAUUCGAGAAUGAGCGCAUCAAGACGCUGCAGGAGGAGCGUCUACACAUCCAAAAGAAGACCUUUACAAAAUGGAUGAAUUCGUUUCUGAUCAAGGCCAAAAUGGAGGUCGAAGACCUAUUCACAGAUCUAGCCGAUGGCAUCAAGCUGCUCAAGCUGCUCGAGAUUAUAUCGUCGGAGAAACUGGGCAAGCCGAACAGCGGACGGAUGCGUGUACACAAAAUCGAAAAUGUCAACAAGAGUCUGGCAUUCUUGCACACCAAGGUACGCUUGGAGUCCAUUGGUGCUGAGGACAUUGUCGAUGGCAAUCCCAGAUUGAUUUUGGGUCUCAUCUGGACCAUCAUUUUGCGAUUUCAAAUUCAGGAAAUCGUCAUCGAUGUUGAUGAGGAAAACGAAUCCAGUGAGAAACGUUCAGCCAAAGAUGCGCUAUUGUUGUGGUGUCAGCGUAAGACGCAUGGUUAUCCGGGCGUUAAUAUAACGGACUUUACAUCAUCAUGGCGUUCCGGUUUGGGUUUCAAUGCACUCAUCCAUUCGCACCGACCCGAUCUGUUCGAAUAUAGCACCAUUGUCAAUUCAAAGAAUUCCAAUUUGGAUAAUUUGAAUCAUGCAUUCGAUACGGCAGCCAACGAAUUGGGCAUACCAAGUCUGCUCGAUGCGGAGGAUAUCGAUUCGGUGCGACCGGAUGAGAAAUCGAUCUUGACCUAUGUGGCAUCAUAUUAUCACACGUUUGCUCGCAUGAAGAAUGAACAGAAGAGUGGCAAGCGUAUCGCCAAUAUUGUGGGCCAGCUUAUGGAUGCCGAUCGCAAGAAGAUGCACUACGAGCGCCUAACCACAAAUCUGCUCAGUUGGAUAAGGCAAAAAACGACGGAGCUGAAUCAGCGCGAUUUGCCCAACUCACUCGAGGGCAUACAGCAUGAAUUGUUGGCCUUCAAGGAGUAUCGCACCAUUGAAAAACCACCCAAAUAUAAGGAGCGCAGCGAAAUUGAGGCUUUGUACUUUACGAUAAAUACACUGCUCAAGGCACUGAAUCAGCCGUCGUAUAAUCCCCAGGAUGGUCAGCUGGUUAAUGACAUCGAGAAGGCCUGGCAGAUACUCGAGUAUGCGGAGCACAAACGCGAAGUCGCCUUGCGUGACGAGCUGCUGCGCCAGGAGAAACUCGAGCAGCUCAACUAUAAAUUCGAAAAGAAAUCUGUGCUGCGCGAGGGCUAUCUAAAGGAGAUGAUUCAAGUGCUCUCCGAUCCGCGCUAUUUGCGUCAAGUGGAUGCCACACUAAAAAAGCACGAAGCCAUCUCGGCGGAUAUAUUGGCGCGUGUGGAACGCUUCAAUGAUCUGACAGCCAUGGCCAAUGAAUUGGAGCGCGAGAACUAUCAUGGCAAGGAGCGGGUGAAGCGACGCGAACAGGAGGUCAUGGAGAAGUGGCGCAAAUUGCUCGAGCUGCUCGAGAAUCAGCGACUCAAUCUCUCCCAGAUGAGCACACUGAUGAAUCUGUUGCGUGAAAUUGCCAGCACAACGGAAUCGGUGCGUGAACUGCAGCAACAGUUCGCCUCCGAGGAUGUGGGCCCGCAUCUACUGGGUGUUGAGGAGCUGUUGCAGGCGCACUCGCUGCAGGAGUUGCAAGUGAACUCGUACGGUGAGACGCUCAAGCGCUUCAAUCGCCAGGCGCAGCCUUACAAGAAUUCCGAGCAUAAAGAUGCCGCUGUGCUGGCCCAACGACUCGGCCAGCUGGAGCAGGCAUAUGCCGAACUCUUGAAGCUCUCCGCACAGCGUCGUGCACGUCUGGAGGAAGCCCGGAAUUUCCAUCAUUUCAUGGAGGAUUACGAUAACGAAGAGAGCUGGCUGGUGGACAAGCAGCGCAUCUGCAAAACGGGCAUUACGGCGAAGGAUUUGCGUGCAGUGCUCUCGCUGCAGCAGAAGCAUAAAGCGCUGGAGGAUGAGAUCAAGUCGCGCAAACCGAAAUCCUCCCAGAUGUCGGAGGCUGGCAAACGUUUGAUUGGUGAACACCAUCCGCGUGCCAGCGAGAUAAAGAGUCGCAUUGAUUCCCUCGCAGAGCAUUGGCAGGCCCUGGAAUCGCUAGUGGAGUUGCGACGCCGCCAGCUGGAAGAUGCCGCCGAAGCGUAUCAGUUCUACACGGAUGCCAACGAGGCCGAGUCCUGGCUGAAUGAGAAAAUGGCCUUAGUCAAUUCCCGCGACUAUGGCAACGAUGAGCCCUCGGCACAGGCGCUGCUCCAGCGUCAUCGUGAUCUGCAGGGUGAGCUGAAUGCCUAUUCCGGUGACAUACUCAAUCUAAACCAGCAGGCCGACAAGCUGAUUAAGGCGGGCAUUUGCACGCUGGAGUUGACGGCCGCUGAGCCCGAAUUACCAGAGUUGGAGCAGGAAGAGUGGGUGAAUGAGACGCGUCUGGUGCCCAAGGAGGUGUGGGAGGAUGAGUGGGUCGAGAAGCUAGAGCACAAGAAGGUAACCGAAACGAAAAUGCUGCCCCAUGUGCGCUCCCUCUUCCCCUUCGAGGGUCAGGGCAUGAAAAUGGAAAAGGGCGAAGUGAUGCUGCUCAAAUCGAAGACCAACGAUGACUGGUGGUGUGUGCGCAAGGAUAAUGGCCAUGAGGGUUUCGUGCCCGCCAACUAUGUGCGCGAAAUCGAAGCACGUCCCGUCGCCUGCAUUGUGCCCAAGGCAGAGAAGGUCAAGAGUUUGCAGAAGGUGAAGAAGACCAUAUUGGUGCGACAAGUGGUGCCCGUCAAGCGCAUUCGCCCGGUCAGUGUGGAUCCCAAGCCACUCGUGCAGCGUCGCACCUCCAACCAGAGCAUCAACGAGAACGCCGACAGCGUGGAGAAGCGUCAGCAACGCAUCAAUGCCACAUACGAUGAACUGCAGGAGAUGGCACAGAAGCGUCAUGCCCUACUCGAGGAUUCGAUCCAUCUGUUUGGCUUCUAUCGCGAAUGCGAUGACUUCGAGAAAUGGAUGAAGGAGAAGGAGCGCAUGAUCAAGACAGAUGAUGGCGACGGUGUCGACAAUGCCAAGCGCAAGUUUGAGAAAUUCAUCACUGAUCUGUCGGCCGCCUCGAAGCGUGUCGAGGAGAUCGAUGGCGCCGUUGACACCUUCCGUCAACAGGGUCACUCGCAGCUGGACAAAAUCAUUGCGCGUCAGCGUCAAAUCCAUCAAAUCUGGCAGCGCUUGAACAAUGCGAAGGCACAGCGUGAGAAGAGUCUGGAGGGUGCGUCCAGUGUGGAGCUCUUCAAUCGCACCUGCGACGAGGCCAAGGUCUGGAUGAGCGAGAAGAUGCUUCAAUUGGACACCGCUGUCAUUACGCCCGAUCUGAAGACAGUUCAGGCGCUACAGCGACGCCAUCAGAAUCUGGAACGCGAACUGGCCCCAGUCGAGGAGAAGGUGAAUCGUGUCACCUAUUUGGGCAACUCUGUGAAGAACGCUUAUCCCGCAGAGCGGGACAAUGUCAAUGCUCAGCAACAGGAGGUGCAGGAUAUGUGGCAACAGGUGCAGCUACGUGGCAGUGAGCUACGUGCUCGUAUCGAGAGCGAGGUGGGCCAACAGAUCUUCAAUAACAGCGCCAAGACGCUGCUCGCCUGGAUUGAUUCGGUCAAGGAUCAGCUGAAUGCCGAUGAGUCGGCACGCGAUGUGGAAACGGCCAAUAAUCUGCUCAAGAAACACAAUGAUCUGGGCGAUGAUAUCAAGGCGCAUGACAACGAAUUCGUUGAGGUUAUCCAGCUGGGCAAACAGCUCUCCGACGGCAAACCCAACAUGGCCGAAACGGUGCAGCUAAUUGGGCGACUCAAGGCCGAACAGGAUGCCAUCCAUCGCGGCUGGAGCGAGAAACAAAAGUGGCUGCUGCAGUGCGUCGAACUGCAAAUGUUCAAUCGCGAAGCAGACAAAAUCGAUGCCACCACCAAGAGUCACGAGGCCUUCCUCGAGUACAACAAUCUUGGCUCCUCGCUGGAUGAGGUGGAGGCCAUACUUAAGCGUCAUCUGGACUUUGAGAAGAGCCUCAUGGCACAGGACAAGAUCCUCAAGGGCUUCUCGGACAAUGCGGACAAGCUCAUUGCCAAUGAUCACUACGAUGCCAAAUACAUUGGCGAGCGUCGCAAACAGGUGCUGGGCAAGCGUAAGGCUGUCAAGGAUCGUGCUUUCGAGCGCAAGCGUCUGCUGCAGGCCUCCAAGGACUAUCACAAGUUUGCCGCCGAGGCCGAUGAUCUGAAGGCCUGGCUGAAUGACAAAACCAGAAUCGCUGGCGACGAAAGCUAUCGCGAUCUGAGCAAUCUGCCGCGCAAGCUCCAGAAGCACAAGGCCUUCGAGCGUGAGCUGCGCGCAAACGAGGGACAAUUGCGCAAUGUGAACAAGGAUGGCGAAGCGCUGAUUCAGGCCGAGAAUCGUGUGCCCGAGGUGGAGUCGCUUGUGGCCGAUUUGAACCGAAAGUGGAAGGAAUUGCUCACCCUGUCGGAGGACAAGGGACGCAAACUUGAGCAGGCUGCAUCGCAACGCGAACACAACCGCGCCAUUGAGGAUGCCAAGAAGAAGGUGAACGAACUGGAUUCGGCACUCAAGAGCAAGGAUGUCGGCAACGAUUUGCGCAGCUGCAAGGAUCUGAUCAACAAACAGCAACUGCUCGAAUCGGAAAUAACCAUUUGGGAUCAGAAGGUAGCGGAAUUGGUGUCGACGGGCGAUGAUAUGGCCCACGAGGGUCACUUCAACGCCAAGAACAUUGAGGAUGAGACCAAGGAGCUGCAGCAACGUUUCAAGGAUCUGCGCGAUCCAACCCAAAUGCGUCGCGACAAACUCGAAGAGAGUUUGAAUUUCCAUAAGUUUGUAUUCGAACUGGAUGCAGAAUUCCAAUGGAUCAAUGAUCAUCUGCCGGCGGCAAAGUCCAAUGAGCUCGGCCAGAAUCUGCAUCAAGCCCAAUCGCUGUUCAAGAAACACAAGAAACUCGAGGCCGAGAUCAAGGGUCAUCAGCCGAUGAUCAACAAAGCGCUGCAGGGCGGACAAUCGUUGGUGGCCCAACAGCAUCCCGAGAGCAAGAACGUGGAGGCGCUGUGCGAGCAACUGGAGCUGGCAUGGCAGGAUCUUGAGCUGCACUGUGGCGAGCGCACGCGCAAGCUUGAAAUGUCACUGAAGGCACAGCAAUAUCUGUUCGAUGCCGGCGAGAUUGAGUCCUGGUUGGGUGAACGCAACAAUGCCCUGCGAUCGACUGAAUAUGGUCGCGAUCGCGAUUCGGCUGCCAAGUUGCUGACCAAACACAAGACCAUCGAGCUGGAGUUGGACACAUAUUCGAGCAUUGUCACUGAAAUGGGACACACUUGCGCCGCCAUGGUUGCUGCCCAGCAUCCCGACAGCAAAGUUCUGGCCGCCAAACAGCAGCUCAUCGAGAAGAUGCUCAAAUCGCUGCACAAGUUGGCCUCGCAGCGACAAAUGCGCCUCAUGGAAAGCCUCUCGAAGCACGAGUACUUCCUCGAAUCGGACGAAGUCGAACAAUGGAUUAGAGAACAGGAGCAGACAGCGUCAUCGGAGGACUAUGGACAGGACUUUGAGCAUUUGCAGUUGCUGCAAAACAAAUUCGAUGAUCUGAAGCAUCGCGUUGAGGUCGGCGCCGAUCGAGUGGAUCAGUGCGAGCUGCUCGCCAAGAAACUCAUCGAUUCGGAGAGCUCCUAUGCCAAUGAGGUGGAGAAGAGACAGGAACAAUUGAGAACGUCCUGGGAGAAUCUCCUGAAGUUGCUGAACCAACGCGAACAGAAGCUGCAUGCUGCUGGCGAAAUUCAUCGUUUCCAUCGCGAUGUGGCAGAGGCACUCUUCCGCAUCCAGGACAAGAAUGCGGCGCUCUCCUCGGAGCUGGGCAAGGAUUUGAACUCUGCGCUGGCACUGCUGCGCAAACACGAAGGUUUCGAGAAUGAUUUGGUUGCGUUGGAGGCACAGCUGCAGGUGCUGGUCGAGGAUUCGGUCCGUCUGCAAGCAAAAUAUCCAUCGAAUGCACAGGCCAUUGCCCAGCAGCAAGAUAAAGUGGUAGCUGCGUGGAACGAUCUUAAGGAACGUUCGACGGCACGUGGCGAUCGUUUGGCGGCCAGUUCCGAUCUGCAGACCUUCCUCACCGAUGUCCGUGACAUUGUGUCGUGGUCGGCGAAUCUGCGUGCCGCACUCCAAGCCGAGGAGCAUGUUAGCGAUGCUGCCGGCGCCACAGCCCUGAAAAUUCAACACGAUGCCAUCUAUGGUGAGAUUGAGGCACGUGAGGAUAAAUUCCGUUACCUGAAUGAGCUGAGCGAUUCGAUGGUCCAAACCGGCCACUAUGCGGCCGCCGAUGUGGAGGAAAAAUGUGCAGCGAUGUUGGAUGAGCGACAGAAGCUGCACGCUGCGUGGAACAAGAAGAAGAUCAUGCUGGAGCAGAAAAUCGAUUUGUUCUGUUUCCUGCGCGAUGCCAAACAAAUCGAUAACCUUUCAAGCACCCAACAAGCGGCGCUCAGCAGCUCCGACUUUGGCCAAACCGUUGAAGAUGUCCAGAAUCAGAUCAAGAAACAUGAUGAAUUCGAAAGAGUCAUUCAGACGCAAGAGGAGAAGGUUGCCUUGUUGCAGGAGCAUGGACGCAAACUGAUCGAGCAACGGCACUACGAUAGCGCCAACAUACAAACGAUUCUGCAGGGUGUGCUCGCCCGUCGCCAGAAGGUGAAGGAUUUGUGUGCGGUCCGUCGAUACAAACUGGAGGAUGCCCUGCUCUAUGCCAAGUUUGUGCGCGACUGCGCCGAGAGCGAGUCCUGGAUCAAUGAGAAGCAAAAGAAACUGGAAGCGGAUGCCGCCAGCUAUGCGGAGGUCACCAAUCUCGACGAGAAGAUCAAGAAACUGCAGAAACAUCAGGCCUUCCAAGCUGAGGUUGCUGCGAAUCAGGGUCGCAUCAAGGAAAUUCAGGACACUGGCGUCAUAUUGCUAAGCAAACAACACGAAUCGUCGCCAGAGAUUAAGCAAGCGAUCGAACGUGUGCUCGCCGCCUGGCAAGGAUUGCUCGCUGAGUUGGAUCAGCGCGGACGCGGCCUGGAGGAGGCCCAAGAUAUACUGGAGUUCAACAAUCAGCUGGACAAGAUCGAGGCAUGGAUACGCGACAAGGAGAUGAUGGUGCAAGCCAGCGAUAUGGGCCGCGAUCUCGAACAUUGCAGCGCCCUGAUGCGCAAACUGGACGACGUCGACUCCGAUAUGCGGGUGGAUGAUCAGCGGGUCAAGCACAUCAAUCAGCUGGCCGACAAGUUGAUCAAUCAGGCCCAACUCCCGGCAGAUACGCAGAGCGUGGACAAGCGUCGCCGCGACUUCAAUCACAACUGGCGUCAGCUGCAAGGCGCUCUCAAUGCAUAUCGUGCUCUGCUCGGUGGUGCUCAUGAGAUACACGUCUUCAAUCGGGAUGUUGAUGAUACAGCCGAGCGUAUUGCGGAGAAGGCACUGGCAAUGAGCUCAGCGGAUACGGGUCGGGAUCUGGCCGCUGUCGAGGCGCUUAUUCGUCGCGAGGAGGCGCUGGAGCGUGACAUGUCCGCCGUCAAGCAGAAGAUUGAUGAGCAUGAAACGGCUGCCGAGUUUCUCACACGCAAAUAUCCGGAGCGUGGUGCUCAGGUCAUUGAGCGUAAACUGCAAGAGCUGCACAAAUCCUGGAAUAAUCUCCAGAGUCUAUCGGUCAAGCGGCAGACGGUGCUCAACGAGGCAUAUCUAACCCACAAGUUUGUGUCGGAUGUGCGCGAGUUGGAGCUGUGGGUCAACGAUAUGAUCAAGAAAAUGAAUGCCACCCAGGCGCCAUCGACGAUCAACGAUUGCGAAACGCAGCUGGAACUGCAUCAGGAGCGCAAAGUGGAGAUCGAGGGACGAGAUCCCGCAUUUGUCACGCUCAAGCAGCAUGGCGAACAGCUCAGCGGUCAGGCCAAGCAGCCGGAGAGCGUUAAGCAGUAUUUGCGUGUGCUCGAGGAACUGCAUCAGACGCUGCACGAGGCGUGGACCGAACGGGCACGCGACCUGACCGAGGCCCAUCAACUGCAGCUGUUCAAGGCUCAGGUGGAACAGGUCGAAAUUUGGCUGGCCAACAAGGAGGCGUUCCUCAACAACGAUGAUCUGGGCGACUCCUACACAGCUGUGGAGCGUCUGCUCAAAAAACACGACGCAUUCGAGAAGCUGCUCGAUGCCGAUCAUGUGGAUGCAUUGCAAAAGUUCGCCAAUAGCAUUUUAGAGGGUGCACCCAAGGAUGCGGAUCUAAUUAGCGAGAAACUGGCCUAUGUUUUGCGUCGCAAACAGAAGCUAUUGAAUCUGUCGGCGGAGCGUAAAAAUCGUCUACAACAAUCGCUGCAGCUGCAGGAGUUCCUGCGCAGUCUGUACGAGAUCGAUCGCUGGCUGGUGCAGAAACUGCAAGUGGCACUCGAUGAGAACUAUCGCGAGCCCAGCAAUCUGCAAAGUAAGAUACAGAAACACACCGCAUUCGAUGCCGAACUCUUGAGCAACUCGCCACGCGUCCAAGCCGUGAUCAGUGAGGGCGAACGUCUGAUUAAGGGUGAGCACUUUGCCAAGGAUGAGAUUGCACAGCAGGUGCAGCUGCUCGGGGGCGAUUGGCACAAGCUGAAGGCCGCCUCUAAGGCGAAGAAGGAGAAGUUGCAGCAGGCGCACGAGGCGCUUGCCUUCAAUCGCAGCGUCGAUGAGUUUAACAACUGGAUGGACGAUGUUGAGUUGCAGCUGUCCAGCGAAGACUAUGGCAAGGAUCUGGCAACGGUUAGCAAUCUGCUGAAGAAACACGAACGUCUCGAGGCCGAUGUGGCGCAUCACAAUGAGCUCGCCGAUCAGCUGAAGCUGAAGGAUGAGCACUUCUUCCAGGUGGAUCAUUUCCUCAAACAUGAUAUCCAUGAGCGGGCAAUGUCCACAAUUAAACGCUACAAUACGCUCCACGAACCGAUUGCCAUACGUCGCGAGAAUCUCGAAGAUUCACUGAGUCUGCAGCAAUUCGUGCGCGAUGCCGACGAUGAGCUGCAAUGGCUGGCCGAGAAACAGUUGAUAGCUGGCUCUCAGGAUCUGGGCAGCAGUCUCUUGGCCGUGCAGGGUCUGCAAAAGAAGCACAAUGCCCUCGAGGCCGAAUUGACAUCGCAGGAGCCCCUAAUCCAAGCGCUGCUGCAGCGUGGCCAGCAAAUGAUUCGGGACAAUCACUUUGCCAGCGAACGACUGCAAUACAAAUCCGAUCUGCUGCAGAAGCAGCUCGUCCAGCUGCGAGAUUUGGCUGCCAUUCGUCGAUUGCGUCUACUCGAUGCCGUCGAGAGUCAGCUGUUCUAUGUGGAGGCCAAUGAGGCGGAUGCCUGGAUGCGCGAGAAGCGACCCAUUUUGGCCAGCAGCGAUUAUGGACGCGAUGAGAUCUCCGUUCAGGUGCACCAAAAGAAACUGGAAGUUCUCCAACGCGAACUGACUUCGUUCAAGCCUUCAAUUGACAAGGUCAACAAAUUGGCAACGGGUCUAAUUGAACGCAAUCACUUCGACAGCGCCAAUAUACAGGAGAAGAAUGGCGCUGUUGACCAGCAAUAUGUGGAAUUGCUGCGUCUGGCCAAGGAUCGAGAGCAGCGCCUAAAGGAGUCCAAGAAACUCUUCGAGUAUCUGCGCGAAACGGAGGAGCUCCACGAAUGGGUCGGCGAUCAAAUGACAGUUACGGCUAGCGAAGAUUAUGGCGAGGAUGUGGAGCAUGUGGAGCAAUUAAUGUUGGCCUUUGAGUCCUUUGUGUCCAAUCUGAAUGCGAAUGAGGCGCGUGUCGAGGCCUGUCUGGAGCAUGGCGAUCGUUUGAUCCAGGAGAACAACCCGUAUCGCAACUCCAUCAAGGCCCAACGCGAUAAGACGAAGCAGUUGUGGGAUGAGCUUAACGAGCUGGUAAAUGCACGCCAGGAUGCGCUUGCCGGCGCCAAGCGGGUGCAUGUCUAUGAUCGUGUUGCCGACGAGACCAUCUCGCUGAUCAACGAGAAGGAUGCAUCGCUCAUUUCCGAGGACUACGGCCAGGAUUUGGAGAGCAUACAAGCGUUGGGACGCAAGCAUCAGGUGUUCGAGGGUGAACUGAUUGCCAUCAAGGAGCAGGUCGAUUCGGUGCUCCAGGAAGUGAUCACACUGGGUGCAAUCUAUCCGGAUGCCCGGGAACAUAUCGAGGUAAAACGUGACGAGACAAUCGAAGCGUGGACGGAGCUUAACGAGAAGGCAGAUGCGCGCAAGGGUAAACUAAAUCAGGCGGAACAGCUGCAAUCCUAUUUCGAUGAGUAUCGCGAUCUGAUUGCCUGGAUCAAUGAGAUGCUGGCCAAGAUUACGGCUCCCGAGCUGGCAACAAGUGUGGCCGGUGCGGAACUACUCCUUGCCAGCAUCAAGGAUCAUCAUGCCGAGAUACGUGCACGUGACGAGACCUUUGCCAAUUUCACGGCCAAUGGUCAGAAGUUGAUUAAGGAAAAGCACUUCCUCGCCCACGAGGUAGAGGAUAAGAUCAAGGUGCUGCAGUCGCGCCACGAGCUGCUCGAGCAUACGCUGCAGCAGCGCAAGGAGAUCUAUGAACUCAACCUGGACACACAGCUCUUCCUCAAGGAUGCCGAAAUACUGGAGCAAUGGAUCUGUAGUCGGGAACCGUUGCUCAAGGAUACCAAGCUCGGUGAUUCCAUACCGCAGGUGGAGGAUCUGUUGCGUCGUCACGAGGACUUUGAGAAGACGGUCGCCGCCCAGGAGGAGAAAUUCCAAGCGAUCAAACGCAUCACACUGCUCGAGCAGCGUUUCCGCAAACAGCUCGAGCACGAGAAACUGGCCAAGCUGAAGGAGAAGGAGCGCCUCGAGAAGGAGCGACUCGAGCAGCUCAAGCAAAAGGAGCUGCAGCGCCUGAACGAUGAACGCCGUCGUGCCGAGAAGCAACAGGAGCAUCGCAACAAUGCCGCUGCCCAGGAGAAGACACCCAUCUUCUCCGCGCCCAUGGUGACCCCUGGCAACAGCAGCAACAUCAGUGUUGCACCCGGCAGUGCCAGCCAAUCGCCAGCCAUUUCUCAAACCCAUUUGCGUCCACCCUUCCAGGACCAGCAAUCGCAAGAUGAGCAUGCCGCCCUGCAGAAGAGUAGCUCGAGCGGCAUGUUCGGUGAUCGACUACGUCGCGGAUCUGCCGAUGCCAAUGUGAAGCGGGCCGAGAGCAUGAAGGUGCAGCCCAAGCAAGCCAAGCGAACGCCAUCCUUCACCACACGUCGUCGUGCUCAGUCCUUCCGCAAGAACCAGAAGGGCGAAGGCUUCGACUUGCCACCCGUCGAAAUACAGGGUAUGCUCGAACGCAAGCACGGACUACAAUCGGGUGGCAAGAAAGCGCCCGUGCGGUCCUGGAAACAAUUCCAUACGGUGCUGUGCGGUCAGUUGGUGUGCUUCUUCAAGGACGAUAACGAUUUCCUGCAACAGAAGACGGCUCAGGCGCCAGUCAAUAUUCUGGGCGCGAAGUGCGAACGUGCCGAUGACUAUACGAAAAAGAAGUACGUGUUCCGUCUGAAAUUGCCCGACGGUUCGGAGUUUCUGUUUGAGGCACCCUCACUGGACAUUAUGAACGACUGGGUACGCAAGAUAUCCUUCCACGCUAGUCUGCCGCCAAAUCUACAGCUGCUCAGCUACGACGAAUCGAUGAAGCAACAAUCGAGUAGCUCACCGGACAUUAAGGUGACCAGCGGCAUGGAAUCGCCCGUCAGUUCACGGAAUUCCUCGCCAGACUCACAGCGCCGGUCGAGUGUACAAACACCGAACUCUGCCGAAGCCACGCCACAAAUGGCGUUCCUGCGACAAAUGCAACAGAAGCAAGAGUAUCUGCAGUAUCAGCAAACAUCCCAGCCCAGUUCACCGACAGCCGGUACCGAUCAGAAGCCACCGAUACCACCGCGAGGAGCGCCGCCCGUUGCCACAACCCGCCAGAGUCAAGAGAAUCUGGUUGUGCUGCGCAAUCGCCAAAGUUCCAGCAAUGAUAUAACUGAUGGCCGCCUGCAACAAUCGGCCACGUUACCCGCCCAGAAUGGAAACAGCAAAGAUGACAGCGCUGUUCUCAUGCGCAGCAGCGAGUCCAGGCAGUCCGAUAAUCCGCCGCCAUUGCCCACAACGAUGCCGCCCUUGGGCAGCGCCAGUAGUCAUCAUCAGAAACAGAAACAACAGCAUCCACAACAACAACACCAACAACAUCCACAACAACAUCCACAUCAGCAUAGUCAUCAAUCAAAGCAGGUGCAGCAACGCAUCAAUGCGUUCAAUGCGGCCGCCAAUCAACAACAACAACAGCAACAACAUCAGCCCGACUACUACAACAGCAACAUUGUGAGGCAGCAACAACAACAACAACAACACAUGGCUUCACCACAACGUGUGCCGUCUCUCAACACUGGACGCAUCGAUUCGACGCGCAAGUUCAUUGAAAUGGAGACGCAUGCACCGGGCAACAUUUACACUCACAGCAGCACCAGCAACAACAACAACAAUGGCCACAGUUCUGGCAAUAGCAGCAGCAGUAGCAACAAUACUACAACAACAACAACAACAAAGCGUACUGUUAACUAUUCAAGCAGCGGCGCAAGCAGCAAUGGCAACGGUAAUAUCCAACAAAAGGGCACCAACACAACAACAACAACAACAACAUCAUCAUCGACAACAACACAACAACAACAACAGGCGACAAGCAGUCGCACGGUUUGGCAUUUAACGAGCUCACCAACAUCAUCAACGAAAUCAUCAUCCGGCUCCGUUGAUCAUAACAAUGCCAUCAGUAAUCCAAGCUACAUGGGUCUACAUCUAAAUAACAAUAACGAUGGAAUCGGUGGUUGGGGCAACAGUCGCUUUGAGGGCAAUCGUCCCGUUUCGCUGCAGCCGGAUUCAAUUAGUUUUACGCGAGCAUCGGCGGAGAGUUCCAGUGAGAGCGAAGCCCAGUCGAUUUCAUCGGUGUCGGGUGUGAAGGGCAGCAAGAGCAAAGAGGAACGUCGCAGCGGCAUGUUCCGCAUCUUUGGACGCAAGGGCGGCGACAAGGAGAAGGAGAAGGAAAAGCGUCGCUCGAGUCAAACGCCGCCACAGUGAAGCAAAUUGGAAAUUGGCAAUGGGAAAUUCACGUCACGGUUUCAGCUUAAAACUUAAAUAACAAAUUUUUUUGGACAAUUGCAUUGAACGAUUUAACCGUUAUGGCGGUGCCAAUUGUUUUUGUAUUUUUUAUAUACAUAUAUAAAUAAAUAAUAUUUAAUUCUUUACCCACACACAUUGCGAUCAGUGCAAAAAAAAAUUCGAAACAAAAGAAGAAAAAAAAUAUAUAUAUAAAUAA